AUGGAGGCCAUCAAGACUCUGCCCAGGAUCCACCACUAUGCAACUGACCCCAACAGCGAAUCUUGGGGCCUCGCGGGACUUCACCACAGCUUGCAGGACCUGCGCUCCAACGCGGGAGCGCUGGCCCGAGCUCCGCCCCUCUGGGCCAAGGGGUGCGCAGUCUUCCCGCCAGCCGCGCGGAAUCGAGUACUCCUGCGCCGUGGGUCCGUGGCGCGCGCUGCUUUCCCCCUCUACCUGCUCCGAGUCCGACCGAGUCCUGCUAGCAUGGAUACCCGUCGCGUGCCGAGUUUGGGUAUUACACCUUGGAUGGACGUCAUUCGAUCCCGGCGAUUAUCAAGUGUAACUAAAAGGACACUGUGGUCCACACUGUUGUCGCGCCGUUUGCUGAUUUCCUAUCCUCUUCCCGAACACCCCAGUCUUGGAGAUGCAGGACGUAGCUCUGAAUGCAACUUUUUUACUCUUAACGGAAACCGGAAGCAAAAGGAUCUCAGAGUAAAGAAGAACUUUAAGAAAUUUAGGUAUGUGAAGUUGAUUUCCAUGGAAACCUCGUCAUCCUCUGAUGACAGUUGUGACAGCUUUGCUUCUGAUAAUUUUGCAAACACGAAACCUAAAUUCAGGUCAGAUAUCAGUGAAGAACUGGCAAAUGUUUUUUAUGAGGACUCUGAUAAUGAAUCUUUCUGCGGCUUUUCAGAAAGUGAGGUGCAAGAUGUAUUAGACCAUUGUGGAUUUUUGCAGAAACCAAGGCCAGAUGUCACUAACGAACUGGCCAGUAUUUUUCAUGAGGACUCUGACGAUGAAUCAUUUUUCGGUUUCUCAGAAAGUGAGAUGCAAGAUGGAAUGAGAUCCCAGUCUGACCAAGCCGGCUGCAGGACUCGCAGUCAGUGUAGACGCACUGGACCACUGCGUGUGGCCAUGAAGUUUCCAACGAGAAACACCAGGAGAGCUGCCCCCCAGAAAGCAGCAUCCCCUGAACCCUCUGUGGUAGACCCCACUUCGGAUUCAGAAGAUGAAAGUGGCAUGAACUUCCUGGAGAAAAGGGCUUUAAAUAUAAAGCAAAACAAAGCAAUGCUGGCAAAAUUAAUGGCAGAAUUAGAGAGUUUCCCUGGUUCCUUCCCAAGAAGGCACACCCUGCCUGUACCCCGCUCGCAAGCAAAGACACCUCGAAGGCGCACAUUCUCAGGUGGGAUUUCCAGAAGACACUCUGAGCGGAGAGCUCGGCCCCUCACCAGGGCCCGCUCCCGGAUCCUGGGCUCCCUUGGGACGCUCCCCACGGAAGAGGAGGAAGAGGAGGAGGAGGAGGAAGACAAGUACAUGUUGGUGAGGAGGAGGAAGACUAUGGAUGCUUUCAUGAAUGAUGAUGACAUGCCCAGGAGUCGCCGUCCUGGUUCCAUGACCCUUCCACAUAUCAUCCGCCCCGUGGAGGAGAUCACAGAGGAAGAGUUGGAGAAUAUCUGCAGCAACUCUCGAGAGAAGAUCUAUAGCAGUUCGUCGGGAUCUACCUGUCAUCAGUGCCGCCAGAAAACAAUUGAUACCAAAACAAACUGCCGAAACCCCGAAUGCUGGGGAGUUCGAGGCCAGUUCUGUGGCCCCUGCCUUCGAAACCGCUAUGGGGAGGAGGUGAAGGAUGCUCUGCUGGAUCCGAACUGGCAUUGCCCGCCAUGUCGUGGAAUCUGCAACUGCAGUUUUUGUCGGCAGCGAGAUGGGCGCUGUGCGACAGGGGUCCUUGUGUAUCUAGCCAAGUAUCAUGGCUUUGGGAAUGUACAUGCAUACUUGAAAAGUCUGAAACAGGAAUUUGAAAUGCAAGCAUAAAGCUUGGGAGAUCCAUCACUUCUUGCCUUUUACCAUCUUGUUCAAGUUUUCCGUUUUUCUUGUGAUUGAAACCAGAGUUUGGAAUUUCGACGCAUCAGCCUGUUUUAGAGGAUGCUUAGAUCAUGGGGACUCUUGUGUUUCUGAGCAUCAUGGGGGUAUUUGCUAGCUAUGCUUAGGCCUCCUGCAGAUUCUCUUUUGCUUUCCUUUAGCCUUUGCCCCAGGCCCCCCUGUUUUCCUACCAUGUCAUUUCUGAGUCCUUUCUAAAUGGCCAUUUUAUGAAAGCACAUUUGAUUUCUUUGGUGUUGAAAUGGCCCUGGAAUCCACUGUAAAGCCUAGCACUUAGAAACACAGUUCUCGCAUUAAGUACUUCGACUAGGUUCCAGAGACC